AAGGACGACACCACGAGUAAAUCAUAAGUAAUUAGCAAAUAUGAUUCACCUUUAAAUUCAAUUAAAGUCCAUUAAGCUAAGUGUGCGUACUUUAAAAAAUCCUAAUUACUAAUUUCAAGUGACAGGGAGUAAAAACAUGGAAUUUAAACAAGUCUGUAAGUGUUGGUAUUGAAACAUAUAGGAGAUAAACAAGUUCUAUUUCAGUGGCCAGUUAUUAAUGGGCUCGUGCGUAAUUUGUGCCAAACUGAAGCGAGUUAAUGUCAUUCUAAAGCGGUUUCUAAAUUGUUGGGUUAAUGCAUCAGAAAUGAUUUUGACUUGAAUAUCAAAGCUAUUAAGUUAGAGCUUUUGUUGUUACUGAAAGCAAAUGAUCCAAACAUGCCUUUUAAAGUUAAAAGCAAGGCACAUAAUGCAGUGUUAAUCUAAACUGUAAUUUAAAAAUGGGAAAGAUGUCAAAUCUGUAAGGUCUGAUCUGACUGUCCAUGGAGACUGAUUUAAAAUCGAAUAUCUACAAAUAAUCAAUAUUUGGUUAAAAAGCCGAUUCUAGGGUUAUUCAAUGUGAAGUUUGUUGUUAACACGUGGUGUCUUUCCGAGGCUUAUCUGAAUUUCUACGGGUGGAUCCACUCAGAGACGAACAUGAUAAUGUUUUCGCUGCAGCCUCGGUGACUGCAGCAAGACUGAAACUAGAAGUUACAAUUCAUUCAGUUUACUUUAAUUGCACUUCAGUUUUAUCAGACACAUGGCUAUAAAAUGAAUUUUCGAAGGACUGAAGUUUUAUCAGGCAGCAGAGAAAUCGGUGAUGUUCUGUUGAGAUCCAUUGCUCAGAUUUCUGGAGACACAAAGCACUGAGGCUGAAUGGACAGACACUGGAGCCCCAAUCGUUGCCAGUCCAUGCUACAGAAAACCCGAACCGCAAAAAUGGUGGAGUGGACAGACUUUGAGCGUGACACCAUCCAGAACAUCUUCGCCCAGCUGGACUAUGAGGAGAUCGGUCCUGCUGCUCUUUCCAGGUGUCUGGUUGUCUACCCCUGGACUCAGAGGUACUUUGGAAAGUUUGGAAACCUCUACAACGCUGCUGCCAUCAAAUCAAAUCCCAUGAUUGCGGUUCACGGAAAAACUAUCCUCCACGGUCUGGACCGUGCUGUGAAGAACAUGGACGACAUCAAGACCGCCUACAAAGAGCUGAGCGUGCUGCACUCUGAGAAGCUGCAUGUGGAUCCUGACAACUUCAAGCUCCUGGCAGACUGUCUGACCAUUGUGCUCGCUGCCAAGUUGGGCAGCGCCUUCACCCCUGAUGUCCAGGCUGCUUUCCAGAAGUUCAUGGCCGUGGUGGUGAACUCCCUGGGCAGGCAGUACCACUAGAGAGCAGAAACAGAGGACAUCAUCAGCUGAUCAUCUGUUCUGUCUCCAAAGUGAAAUAAAAUGAUUAACACAAAGGAACCUGCUGUUUGUCUGUCACUACUUUCAAAAUAAACACACAAAAAUGCCAAGCACUUGGGAUGAAGCAAAUCAACAGAACAACAAAACUGACCUUCGGACACAGCUCCAUAUUAGACAAAUAUGCAAUUUAGUCUCAAACACAAAUAAGUUAUUUAGCAUAUAGUUCUGAUACAUAAAAUAAUAGAUCUGUGCUAGAUUGGCCUGUGUAGGAACUUAAAUGUGAGCAGUGAAUAUUAAAAUACAAAUUCAAGAAAAGCACUGAAGAUGAAAUACCUAGAAUCCAAAUAACUAUAGGAAAUAUCAUAUAUAUACAUACAUGAAUCUUAGAUCUCAGUUAUGUUAAAGUUCAUUAUUAGCAAUAUACAAAAACAAAAUAACAGCAAUAAUAAAAACAAUGUAAGGUACAACUAAGUCUAUGUGGGAGAUUGAUUGGAUGAGACUGGACAAGAUUCAUAUUUAUGUUUUUAACUGCUUGUGUUGUAAUUUGUUGACAGACCACAUCGUUGCUAUACAGAAAGGAAAACAGAAAAACAAAGUAGAAAUGUGAACAUAGGACAGUUUCCUUAGGGAAAACUGUACAUACAGUGCUGUAGGAAUUACAGUGCUGUCUUCCUGUCUGUGGGGCCACAAAUUCUCAUCCACAUCAUGAAUAUCUUCUUUUGCAUCUUUGAGUGAUUUCAGAAAAACUAACCCUUCACACAUUUCCCUUCGUUAGAGAAAGUCAAGAUUCACAUGGGAGCAAUUUACCAAUUCAGGCAAGAUUUAGAAAAAAAGUUUAAUGGAAAUUAAUAGAAAUAUCCUUGACACAUUCUGACAACUUGUUCAACCUUUUUGCAUGUAAAGAUUUAUGCGAUGAACUAAUGCCUAAAUGUUGUGGAGGGUGAGACUAUUCAGCAGAGACCCAUUACAAUACAUUGUGAUCAACAUGACAAAAGCAACUGAUAAUGUAGGAAACAGCAGAGAAUUGUACAGAAUCAUUUGCAUGGAUGGACCAAAGCAUUUGCAACUUGUUCAAGGAAAUGAGAAACUGCUUUUAUGAUGUGCACAAGUGACAAUAAUGUGAAGAUUGAACAAGUAGUUUUGAGAAUUUGUAUUCUGAUCUGAGAAAAGUAGCAACGGAGAAAAACUAACUUAAUUAGCCAAAAGAAAAAAAAUUUUUCCAAAAAAUGUAACAUGAUAAUCACUUGUGAAAAUAGUUGCAGACUGGUUUUCAGUUUGACAGAUGGAUUAACCAUCUGAUGUUUACUGUUAAACUGGGUUUGCUUAUUUUUUUCUGGAUGUGCUGUUGAACAAAUUUGAAGAACUUCUGGCUUUUGAUCCAUACUGCCACAGAUGAUAAACCAUCAUAAAAUAAGGCUUCAAUGAAAAACAGAAACCAAGAGUUUGGAGCUCUUUGCAUUCGUGCUUUUUAUUGAUCAUGUCAGAAUCAACUCAUGCAUGCUCCUCAUGUUCUCCUGCUGUUUAUCGGUACUUCUCAGCCAGGGC